AUGGUCCGAACUUUGCUCAACUUUAGUUUUCUGCUAUCCUUUGCCGCAGCUGCUAUCCCACCUAUAGUUUACCGGGGUAUUGGCAGCGACCCUUCAAUUGUAGAAGGCUGGGGCGGUUUCCAUUGUCGCGGCGGCUUUUUCGGUGAGCCCAAAGACUCUUCCAUGAGUUUUCAACAGCACGUGCCAAUGGAACCUGGCAACCCUGGGCAUAAUACAGAUCCGUGGAUUUCAACCUCGGCCGAUUACGAAUGGGUUAGAGGCUAUUUGGGACGCCACAAAAAAGGGAGGACGGCAUAUAUAUAUUACAUUAAAACGGCCGGUCUCAAAAAUGUUCUCGACAUCGCUGAAGAAUAUAAAAAGAUCGGAGAACCAUAUACCUUGGCGGUUGAGGCAGAGAUUGCCGUAAAAGAUUUUAUCCCUUGGUCUCAUAUUAAACAUUGGGACACCUACCAAAUAAGCACCGACGGAAAUAUAACUAGGAUAAGAUAA